AUGCAUCCGGUGUUUAUUGGAUCACAUGGUAACAUGAAGACGAUGAAAGAAGAUUUAUUUAGCGCAGUGGUUCCACUGCUAAAGCUUCUAUCAAUAGCUGUUAUGGGGUUAAUACUUGCUCAUCGCAAAACCCAAAUCAUCCCCAAAGCCACAUUCAAGCUACUUAGCAAGCUGGUAUUUGCUCUCUUUUUACCCUGCCUUAUAUUCAUCGACUUAGGUCGAUCCAUUACCCUCCAUAAUCUUGUUCUUUGGUGGUUCAUCCCUGUCAAUGUGUUAAUCAGCACGGUUUUAGGGUUUAUGUUGGGCGUUAUAGUUGUGUUACUGUGUAAGCCUCCUCCACAGUUUGUGAAAUUCACCAUUAUCAUGACUGCUUGUGGGAACACAGGUAAUCUCCCCAUUGCUAUCUUGGGUUCCCUUUGUCAUACUCGUGAUAAUCCUUUUGGACCAAAUUGUCACCAGAAGGGUGUUGCGUAUGUUUCUUUAGCUCAAUGGGUAUCUGUGCUUCUUGUCUACACGCUUGUUUAUUACAUGAUGGAACCUCCCAUGGAGUACUAUGAGAUCAUUGAAGAAGACAACAUUGAAAAUGGCAAUGGAGUUACCAGGCCUCUUGUUGUUGAAGCAGAAUGGCCAGGCAUUGAUGAAACUGAAAUUUCAAGAACCCCCUUUAUAGACAAAACCUCUAAAACCUCACAAUCCUCUGAGGAAACAAGUAGAGAAGCCAUAGGGUGUUUUGCAGAGCCUAAAACAGUCAGAAAAAUGAUGGUUGUUGCAGAAAAGACUCCAAUUCAGAACAUUUUUCAGCCUCCAAUACUAGCUUCUCUUCUAGCUAUAAUCAUAGGGUCAAUUCCUCAAGUCAAAUCUUUUGUUUUUGGACAUGAUGCUCCCCUUGGGUUCAUAACAGACAGCUUAGAGAUAUUAGGUGGUGCCAUGGUGCCUUCUGUUAUGCUUGUUUUGGGUGGUGUUCUUGCUGAAGGACCAAAUGACUCCAAACUUGGACUCAAAACCACCAUUGGUGUCACUGUUGCUAGAUUAUUAGUGCUUCCAGUUUUAGGAAUUGGAGUUGUAGCUUUAGCUGAUAAGAUGCAUCUUCUUGUAGCUGAUGAUUCUAUGUACAGAUAUGUGCUUUUGUUGCAGUAUGCAACCCCAAGUGCCAUUCUUUUGGGAGCUGUUGCUAGAAUGAGAGGCUAUGCUGUUAGUGAGUCAUCAACACUUCUGUUUUGGCAACAUAUAUUUGCUCUCUUUUCGCUUUCUUUUUACAUAUUCAUCUACUCUCAACUUGUGUCACUUGUUUGA